GUUUUCACUUGGUCGGAAUGGGGAGAGUGUGCAAGAGAUCGCUCCGGGACGGGUUCCUAGAGAUCGCUCUGGGGCGGUCGUGACAGCCCCCGCGGGACAGGAGUGAAGAGGAGCUGCGCUCAGGUUAUUCCAGGAUCUCGGGAGACCCAAAAAAAGCCUUGUUGACCAAAAGCAAGACCAAUGACUCACAGAGAAAAAAGAUGGCGGAACCAAGGGCAAUUAAAGCUGUCAGGUUCUGAACAGCUGGUAGAUGGGCUUGCUUAUUGAAGGACAUGAUUCAGACUGUCCCGGACCCAGCAGCUCAUAUCAAGGAAGCGCUAUCAGUUGUGAGCGAGGACCAGUCGUUGUUUGAGUGUGCCUACGGAACGCCACACCUGGCAAAGACUGAGAUGACCGCGUCGUCCUCCAGCGACUAUGGACAGACUUCCAAGAUGAGCCCACGCGUCCCUCAGCAGGAUUGGCUGUCUCAACCCCCAGCUAGGGUCACCAUCAAAAUGGAAUGCAACCCUAGCCAAGUGAAUGGCUCAAGGAACUCUCCUGAUGAAUGCAGUGUGGCAAAAGGUGGAAAGAUGGUGGGCAGCCCAGACACCGUGGGGAUGAGCUACGGCGGCUACAUGGAGGAGAAGCACAUGCCGCCCCCAAACAUGACCACCAACGAGCGCAGAGUUAUCGUGCCAGCAGAUCCUACGCUAUGGAGUACAGACCAUGUGCGGCAGUGGCUGGAGUGGGCGGUGAAGGAAUACGGCCUCCCAGAUGUCAACAUCUUGUUAUUCCAGAACAUCGACGGGAAGGAGCUGUGCAAGAUGACCAAGGACGACUUCCAGAGGCUCACCCCCAGCUACAACGCCGACAUCCUUCUCUCACACCUCCACUACCUCAGAGAGACUCCUCUUCCACAUUUGACUUCAGAUGAUGUUGAUAAAGCCUUACAAAACUCUCCACGGUUAAUGCAUGCUAGAAACACAGGGGGUGCAGCUUUUAUUUUUCCAAAUACUUCAGUAUAUCCUGAAGCUACGCAAAGAAUUACAACUAGGCCAGAUUUGCCGUAUGAGCCCCCCAGGAGAUCAGCCUGGACCGGUCAUGGCCAUCCUACGCCCCAGUCGAAAGCUGCUCAGCCAUCUCCUUCCACAGUGCCCAAAACUGAAGACCAGCGUCCUCAGUUAGAUCCUUAUCAGAUUCUUGGACCAACAAGUAGCCGCCUUGCAAAUCCAGGCAGUGGCCAGAUCCAGCUUUGGCAGUUUCUCCUGGAGCUCCUGUCGGACAGCUCCAACUCCAGCUGCAUCACCUGGGAAGGUACCAACGGUGAGUUCAAGAUGACGGAUCCCGACGAGGUGGCCCGGCGCUGGGGAGAGCGGAAGAGCAAACCCAACAUGAACUACGAUAAGCUCAGCCGCGCCCUCCGUUACUACUAUGACAAGAACAUCAUGACCAAGGUCCAUGGGAAGCGCUACGCCUACAAGUUCGACUUCCACGGGAUCGCCCAGGCCCUCCAGCCUCACCCUCCGGAGUCAUCUCUGUACAAGUACCCCUCAGACCUCCCGUACAUGGGCUCCUAUCACGCCCACCCGCAGAAGAUGAACUUUGUGGCGCCCCACCCUCCAGCCCUCCCUGUGACAUCUUCCAGUUUUUUUGCUGCCCCAAACCCGUACUGGAAUUCACCAACUGGGGGUAUAUACCCUAACACUAGGCUCCCCACCAGCCAUAUGCCUUCUCAUCUGGGCACUUACUACUAAAGACCUGAUAGAGGCCUUUCCCAUCAGCAUGCAUUCACCAGCCCGUUGCCACAAACUCGAUCGGAGAACAUGAAUCAAAAGUGCCUCAAGAGGAAUGAAAAAAAAGCUUUACUGGGGCUGGGGAAGGAAGCCGGGGAAGAGAUCCAAAGACGCUUGGGAGGGAGAAGUAUUACCACAGAAAUGAGGAGGAUCUAAAAAUGUCAUGAAUAUGGACAUAUCAUCUGUGGACUGACCUUGUAAAAGACAGUGUAUGUAGAAGCAUGAAGUCUUAAGGACAGUGCCAAAGAAAGUGGUCUUAAGAAGUGUAUAAACUUUAGAGUAGAGUUUGGAAUCCCACUAAUGCAAACUGGGAUGAAACUAAAGCAAUAGAAACAACACAGUGUUGACCUAACAUACCGUUUAUAAUGCCAUUUUAAGGAAAACUACCUGUAUUUAAAAAUAGAAACAUAUCAAAAAACAAGAGAAAAGACACGAGAAAGACUGGCCCGUCAACCGACGUUGAUCUGCAACGGCACGGCGUGUGCCUGCUUUGGUUGAAAUCAAAUACAUUCCGUUUGAUGGAGAGCUGUCAGCUUUCUCAAACUGUGAAGAGGACCCAAAGUUUCCAACUCCUUUACAGUAUUACCGGGACUAUGAGCUAAAUGGUGGGACUGAGGAUGUGUAUAGAGUGAGCGUGUGAUUGUAGACAGAGGGGCGGAGGAGGAGGAGACAGAGAAGGAGGAGACCAGGGCUGGGAAAGAAACUUCUCAAGCAGUGGAGCCCGGACUCAGAAUAUUUGGGGACUGUGUACAAUGAGAUAACGGAGACUGGAGGGUUCAUGCAGUCAGUAUUAUACCAAACCCAGUGUUAGGAGAAAGGACCCAGUGUAAUGGAAAAAGAGGAAGUAGUAGAAUUCAGAAACAAAUGUGCAUCUCUUUCUUUCUGUGUCAAAUGAAAAUUUUAACUGGAAUUGUCUGAUAUUUAAGAGAAACAUUCAGGACCUCAUCGUUACGUGGGGGCCUUGUUCUCCACAGGGUCAGGUAGGAGAUGGCCUUCUCAGCUGCCACAAUCAAAUCACGCAGGCAUUUUGGGUAAGCGGCCACCAGUUUUCCUUUGAGUCGCGAACGCUGUGCGUUUGUCAGAAUGAAGUAUACAAGUCAAUGUUUUUCCCCCCUUUUUAUAUAAUAAUUAUAUAACUUAUGCAUUUAUACACUACGAGUUGAUCUCGGCCAGCCAAAGACACAUGAUAAAAGAGACAAUCAAUGAUAUAAUGUGGCCUUGAAUUUUAACUCUGUAUGCUUAAUGUUUACAAUAUGAAGUUAUUAGUUCUUAGAAUGCAGAAUGUAUGUAAUAAAAUAAGCUUGGCCUAGCAUGGCAAAUCAGAUUUAUACAGGAGUCUGCAUUUGCACUUUUUUUAGUGACUAAAGUUGCUUAAUGAAAACGCACUGAAUGUUGUGGGUUUUGUGUUAUAAUUUUACUUCGUCCAGGAACUUGUGCAAGGGAGAGCCAAACAGAGAGGAUGAUUGGCACCCAAAUGAGGUCAGCCUCUCGGGGUCCUUCUUAUCCACUCUCCUCUCUCAUAUUUCUAGCCCCUGCUGGAACAGAAGGACCCCAGGUUUCACAUCGGAGCCUCCGAAUUUAAACCUGGAAUGGAAACCGGCCUAUGAAACUGGGGUUGUCAUUGAGAAACUCUAGUUCAGCACCUGGUCACAAAUCACCCUUAAUUCCUGCUGUGAUUAAAAAAAAAAAAAAAUUGUCGAAUGGUGAAUGAGCUAUCUCUCGUAAUACAAACUGCAUUAUUCUUGGUAAAUGAAGCGUCAUGGAUAGCUGCAAUUUCUCACUUUACAGAAACAAGGGAUAACGUCUAGAUUUGCCACGGGGUUUCUCUUUCAGAAGAUAUCACUAGGUAGACAGCUUUUAAUCUUCCUACAUCAGAAUAGCCUGGGCACGGUGGCUUGGAACUCACUAGCUCUGAGCCUGAUAUUGCUGGCUAUCCCUUGAAGACACUGUUUGCUUAUAUAACCUAGAAUCAAUUUCCAUGGGCAUCUUUUCUGUGCAUCACAAAUGCUGCCAGCCUUGAUCUAGGUGAAGGCAACUCAAGAGGUGAAAUCCAAGGUGAGUGUUGGAAGGUGCUAGCCUAAACAUCUUAGCUGAAUUGGUUUCUGAAUUGGUCCUUUUCAUAGCUGUUUCAGGGCUUGUUUUUUUCAGUUUGUAAUCCUUUUGCUAUGAUUAUGUGAAGUUGCCAAACCUCUGUGCUGUGGAUGUUUUGGCAGUGCUCUUUGAAGUCGGCAGGAUACGAUUACCAAUGCUCCUGACACCCCGUGUCACUUGGAUUAGACGGAGCCUGACCAUCCAUCAUUUUCAGCAGCCUGGGAAGGCCCCCAAAGUGCCUGUAUCUCCUUAGGGAAAAUAAAUAAAUACAAUCAUAAAAGCUGGCAGUUAGGCUGAACCAAACUGUGCUAAUGGAAAAGAUCAGUCAUUUUUAUUUUGGAAUGCAAAGUUAAGACACACCUACAUUCUGCAUAAAAAUACACAUUUACUUGGAUAAUCACUCAGCUCUCUCUUUCAAGACUGUCUCAUGAGCAAAAUCAUAAAAACAAGACAUGAUUAUCAUAUUCAACUUUAACAGAUGUUUUCAGUUAGAUCCCUCAACCCUCCAGUCCCAAACCAGGUUAUUAGCAAGUCUUAUGAGCAACUGGGAUGAUUCUGAAUAACAUGAUAAUACUGAGUUCCUUCAAAUACAUAAUUCUUAAAUUGUCUCAAAAUGGCAUUAACUCUGCUCCUGUUGUAAUCUAAUUCCAAAGCACCCUCCAGCUAUUCAUAAUUGCAUGAACCUUUUCUCUCUGUUUCUCCCCAUCUCUUGGCUUGCCCUGAUGUACACUCAGACUCCUGUACAAUCUUACUCCUGCUGGCAAGGGAUUUAUCUUCUUUUCUUGUCCUCAGUUAUCUUUCGGGCCUUGUAUGUGGUAAAAUCGCCAAAUCUCAGUGAAGACUUUAUUUUUAUUCCCAGUUUGAGGCCCUUGUUAUGUCCUGGAGGGGUUCAUGAAGUGCUUUGUCAGGACUGCUGCAGUUAGAAGGCUCUGUGCUCCUCCUAAACCCUCUGGACAGGUGUAGCAUCUGCGGCAGGAGCCCCGAGGAGCUACCUUCUGACAGCAGGUGCAGCAGAGAUGGCUGCAGCUCGGGAGCUGGGAAGGUGGCGGGGCACAGGGAAAGCACAGAUGUUCUGCAGUGCCCCAAAGUGACCCAUUGCCUGGAGAAAGAGAAGAAACUUAUUUUUUUUAAAACGGGUUUAAUUAGCCUCUCAUUACUUGAUUGAAAUAAAGUUGUGAGAUGACUAAUUAGAGAAUAAAAAUUACUUUGGACUAUUCAAAAAUACA